AUGACGAACGACGCCCGUCAAAUAGCGACCAAAAAUUCCCUAAUAUACUCACUAUUUCUCAACGCCAAGGGACGUGUGCUAAGCGAUACCAUUAUCUAUCAUGUGAAUCACCAGGACCAUGAGGAUCCCCAUUUUAUUAUUGAAUGCGACAGCAAAUGUAAAUCAACUCUGCUUAGGCUGCUGCACUUUUACAACAUCAGGAAAAAGAUUCAGAUCUCAGAAGAGCCAACCUUGCGAGUGCUUGUGAAUUUGAAUGCUGGGGAAGCAGAGCAGAGUAUUGAUGGAGCCCUCUUCACUGGGAAAGAUCCUCGUGCUGUUCCUGACUGGUGCUCAAGAAUGUUAUACUGUCCAGCCGCCGCUCCCGAAACUGCUUAUGUCGACGGCGACACACUAUACAGGCGCUCCCGAUACUGUCUCGGUGUACCUGAAGGUGUUGAUGAAUUCAAGUUGGGGGAGAGUCUCCCACUGGAGGCAAACGCCGAUCUGUGUCACGGUGUCAGUUUCUCCAAGGGCUGUUACGUGGGUCAAGAAUUGACAGCACGUUCUCGAUUUGUUGGUGUUACUCGUAGACGCAUCGCUCCCAUUCUUUUCGAAUCGUCUUCCAAGCCUUCUAUCAUUCCUCUGAAUUCCCCAAUUUUCCGCGUUUCCAAAGCCGAUAACAAGGUCGUGGGGAGCCGACCAGUGGGUUGGGUUCGUGGUCAAGAAGACCCAUCUCCUGUCCUCGUCCCUCCAUUUCAGCACUACGGUUUGGCUCUCCUUCGGUUGGCUGAAUGUGCUGCAGCGGUUACUAGUGGCGACAGACUCGUGGUGGCUGUCUCAGAGACGGCACAGGUGUCCGAAGCGGCGCCCAUCGACCUAUCGAUGACUUACAUUGUACGACCCUUCGCACCCUCCUGGUGGCCAGAGGAUAUUGCGAUAGGACUGCCUCGGAUCCAACCAUUUCUGGUUGCCUCGUCCACAGCCUCUCAAUAA